AUGCCUUUAACUGCAGAGAAUGCAGCACAACAAAUACAGGAACGUCUCAAGGAUAUACAACGUUUGAUCCAUCAAAUUGACGAUGAACGAAGGCGAUCGGAAACAAAUAUCAAUGGCUUGACAAGGGCUCAACAGAGCCAAAUGCCGGUACAAAAGAUGAAGAGUCUGUACAAGACCUGUUUGCAAGAUGCUGCCGUUGAGGAGGACACAAUUCGCAAGGCGCUAGAGAAAAUACAUGAAAUUCGCAACAUACGCAAUGAACGUCGCAUUCAGGCCCGCAAUGCUGGCAAUAAGGAGGCUAUACGCAGGGGAGCUCUUAUGAAAAUGGUACAAAUAUCAGCACAGACGCUACCGCUAUUUGUUAGUAAACCUGGAGAAAAGGUACCACCACUGUGUGGUGCCAUACCAGCUGAAAGUAAUUAUAUAGCCAAGGUGGGAGAUAAUGUUGCAGCUUUGGUUAAAGGUGUGGAAGAGGAAGAAAAUUGGAUAUUGGCAGAGGUGGUUAGUUUUUUGCAUCGUCAAAAUAAAUACGAUGUCAUCGAUAUUGAUGAAGAACAAAAGGAUCGACAUGUUUUGAGUAAACGGAAGGUAAUACCAUUGCCACUGAUGCGGGCAAAUCCGGAGACAGAUGGUCAUGCCCUAUUUCCCAAGGAUACUGUGGUUAUGGCCCUGUACCCCCAAACAACGUGCUUCUAUAAGGCCAUUAUCCACAGGCUACCACAAACUGCCACCGAAGAUUACGAGGUAUUAUUUGAAGACUCCUCCUACUCAAAUGGCUACGCCGAACCAUUGCCCGUGGCUCAACGUUAUGUCAUUGUUUACAAAUCCACCAAAAAGAGUGGCAGUAGUGGAGGUGGUGGCAGCGGCAGUGUUUCAUCCUCAGCAUAA